AAGAAACGUGUCAUAAAUCCUGCAUGCCUUCUCACAAGUGUCCUCGUAACUUCAGCCAUCAUUCAUCUGUUGUCAUCUCUAUCUUUCUCCAUAAGUCCCGAUAUUGUCUUAUUUUCUUUUAACUUAACAUAAGUGAUCAAAUAAACUAAGGUAGCUUCUGAUCAAUUGAUCAUUUUAAUUAGUACGUAUUGGGUUUUUGAUAAUUAAUUAGGUUGUGUAGUUUAAUUUGCACUGGUCGUCUACGCCGUUUUGAUCUUAUACGAAGCAUAUAUGGCGCCGCCACGGAGAUAUGCAUUUGGAAGGCCGGAGGAGGCGACUCAUCCGGACUCAAUGAGAGCUACUUUGGCUGAAUUUAUCUCCACUUUUAUCUUUGUCUUUGCUGGUGAAGGCUCCCAGCUUGCUAUUCGGAAGUUAUACGGCGAUGCAGCACCGGCUGGUGCCUCGUCUUUGAUGAUGAUAGCGAUUGCACAUGCAUUUGGAUUGUUUGCAGCAGUCGCAGCAAGUUUAAAUGUAUCCGGAGGCCAUGUCAAUCCUGCUGUUACAUUCGGUGCCCUUGUUGGUGGUCGAGUCUCCUUUGUUCGUGCCAUCUUGUAUUGGGUAGCACAACUGUUGGGUGCAAUUGUCGCCGCCCUAUUGCUAAGGCUCUCUACCGAUGGCCUGAGACCAAUGGGAUUAGGAGUUGCAUACGGAGAAGGCAAUCUCAACGCUUUGCUUUUGGAGAUCGUGAUGACAUUUGGUCUAGUGUACACGGUAUAUGCUACCGCCAUUGAUCCCAAACGAGGCAGCUUAGGGACGAUUGCUCCUUUAGCUAUCGCGUUGGUAGUAGGAGCAAACAUUCUAGUGGGUGGUCCAUUUGAUGGUGCAUCGAUGAACCCUGCUAGGGCAUUUGGUCCGGCCUUAAUUGGAUGGAGAUGGAGGAACCAUUGGAUUUAUUGGGUCGGUCCAUUGAUAGGUGGUGCGCUUGCUGGGCUCAUAUACGAGUUUAUUGUGAUUCCAACGGAGCCUCCUCACGCUCACCAACCUUUAGCACCCGAAGACUACUAAAAAGACGGAAAAAUGUAAACAGUGCAUAGUUGUCUUAUGUGUUUGUAUGGAGUACUGCUUUGAUUUUGGACUUGGUUUAUUUUGUUGUGUGUAUUCUCUUUGUUUUGGAACUUUUCUUUUAGAGGCAUAUAGUGGUAUGUUCUCUCAAAUAAGAGGUCUCAUUGCC